AUGACGCGCAUAUGUCCCCUCAAGGACCCGCGAAACGACCUGGUCCAGAAGGCCAUCAACAUGCUGUCUUCCCAGGUCAACGACCUAUCGAAGAAGCUACAGGCCACGGAACACGAGCGCUCCGACCUCGCGAAGCGCCUCGAAGACGCCAAAGCCCACGCCGCGCGGGCCGCUGCGGAACAAAAGCGGGCCGAGGCUCGCGCCAAGGCGCGCGACGAGGCCGCGAACGCCGCCGAAGAGGAGGCCCGGUACCUCACGAACAAGCGCGCGCAGCUCGAGUCCAAGAUCCAGGGGCUCGAGGCGGACGCGAAGCGGCUGCAGAAGGACGCGGCGGAGGGCACGCGCAGGGGCGAGCAGGCGGCGUCAUCCCUGCGUUCGCUGCAGACGGAGCACCAGAAGCUCCAGGUCGCGCACGCGGAGCUCAAGUCGCGGCUGGCGAGCGAGGAGCGCCGCACGGGGGACCUCGAGGCCGCGGCGGCGGAACGCAACGAGCUCGCAGAGAGAGUGGCGCGCGAGCGGGGUCAGAGGGCGGAGGCCGAGGCGCGUCUGGCGUCGUCGCAGGCGGAGCUCGCGGCGGCCAGGAGCGCGUGCGAGGCGCACAUGCUGCAGCUCGAGACGCAGGCGAUGCAGCUGCGGGAGGCGCAGGGCACGGCGGAGGCCAUGCGGGCGCACGACGCGCGGCGGCAGGGCGACGCGGAGGCCGUGGUGCGCGAGGCGGUCGCGGAGGCGGUGCGGGAGUCGCGCAGGGAGCUCAAGGACGCGCGGGCGGAGCUGCGGGAGGCGCAGCGGGAGAGAGAGGACUUGCUGGAUGACAGACGGCGCCUGAGUCAGGAGGCGCAGGGCGGGGCGGCGCGCGAGGCGGUGCUGAAGGCCGCGGCCGCGCAGCUCGAGAUGGAGGUGAAGGAGCGCGCGGAGGGAGAGGAGAAGCUGCGGGAGAAGUGCGCGGGCCUCGAGGCCACCGUGCGCUCGCUGACGGCAGCCAACGAGCGUCUGCAGGCGCCGACCGCGAGCAGCCUUCGGCGCAGCCUGCCCAAUCACGCGGCGCUGGGGCUGCGCGUGAGUGCGUCGCUCACCACCGCCGCCGAGCCGUCCGCGCUGGACGCCGACGCCGUGGCGCUGCGGCGCGAGGAGGCCGAGGAGGCGUUCGUCGAGCGGAUGGCCGGCGCGCGGAAGCGCUACGGGGGGUGUUAUUGCAGGACGGACAAGUGCGUGGGGGUGUAA